CCCGCUGAACUUUGGUUUUCUGACCGAUAGAGGCCGGUAGAGGACUGUGAAAGAAAAGUUAUCCCCCAGGAUGGACUUCUCGCAGCCGAAACCUGCCGCUGCCCUCUGUGGCGUUGUGAGUGCGGACGGAAAGAUCGCUUACCCCCCGGGAGUAAAGGAAAUCACCGACAAGAUCACCACCGACGAAAUGAUCAAACGGCUGAAGAUGGUAGUGAAAACUUUUAUGGAUAUGGAUCAGGAUUCGGAAGAUGAAAAGCAGCAGUAUCUCCCACUAGCCUUGCAUCUCGCAUCUGAAUUCUUUCUCAGGAACCCUAAUAAAGAUGUGCGCCUUCUUGUAGCAUGUUGUCUGGCUGAUAUAUUUCGAAUUUAUGCCCCAGAAGCUCCAUAUACUUCCCAUGAUAAACUUAAGGACAUAUUUCUCUUUAUUACCAGGCAGUUAAAAGGUUUGGAGGAUACAAAGAGUCCACAGUUUAAUAGAUACUUUUAUUUAUUAGAGAAUUUAGCUUGGGUUAAAUCAUAUAACAUCUGCUUUGAGUUGGAAGAUUGCAAUGAAAUUUUUAUUCAGCUUUUUAGGACUCUCUUCUCAGUAAUCAACAAUAGCCACAAUAAGAAGGUACAAAUGCACAUGUUAGACUUGAUGAGUUCUAUCAUCAUGGAAGGUGAUGGAGUUACUCAAGAGUUACUGGAUUCUAUUCUUAUCAACCUCAUCCCUGCACACAAGAACUUAAAUAAACAGUCCUUCGACCUUGCAAAAGUCCUGUUGAAAAGGACAGUCCAGACUAUUGAAGCGUGCAUUGCCAAUUUUUUCAAUCAAGUCCUGGUGCUGGGAAGAUCGUCAGUCAGUGAUCUGUCCGAACAUGUAUUUGAUCUGAUUCAGGAACUUUUUGCUAUAGAUCCUCAUUUAUUGUUAUCUGUCAUGCCACAACUUGAAUUCAAACUGAAGAGCAACGACGGUGAAGAACGAUUAGCUGUGGUUCGACUUCUAGCUAAAUUGUUUGGCUCUAAAGAUUCAGAUUUGGCAACACAGAAUCGGCCUCUUUGGCAGUGUUUUCUUGGGCGCUUUAAUGACAUUCAUGUUCCUGUGAGGUUAGAAAGUGUCAAAUUUGCCAGUCACUGUUUGAUGAACCAUCCAGAUUUAGCAAAGGAUCUCACGGAAUAUUUGAAAGUUAGGUCACAUGAUCCAGAAGAAGCCAUUCGUCAUGAUGUCAUUGUUACUAUAAUAACAGCUGCCAAAAGAGACCUUACCUUAGUAAAUGAUCAGUUACUUGGCUUUGUCAGGGAAAGGACACUGGAUAAGCGGUGGCGAGUAAGAAAAGAAGCCAUGAUGGGUCUUGCUCAACUUUAUAAGAAAUACUGUCUUCAUGGUGAGGCAGGAAAGGAAGCUGCAGAGAAAGUCAGCUGGAUAAAGGACAAACUUCUGCACAUCUACUAUCAGAACAGCAUCGACGACAAACUCUUGGUAGAGAAAAUAUUUGCCCAAUAUCUUGUUCCCCAUAACCUGGAAACCGAAGAGAGAAUGAAAUGCUUAUAUUAUUUAUAUGCCAGCUUGGAUCCAAAUGCUGUGAAAGCUCUCAAUGAAAUGUGGAAGUGUCAGAACAUGCUUCGGAGUCAUGUGCGUGAACUGCUGGAUUUACACAAGCAGCCUACAUCAGAGGCUAACUGUUCUGCCAUGUUUGGAAAACUGAUGACCAUAGCAAAGAAUUUACCUGACCCUGGCAAAGCACAAGAUUUUGUAAAGAAAUUUAACCAGGUUCUUGGUGAUGAUGAGAAGCUGCGGUCUCAGUUAGAAUUGUUAAUCAGCCCAACCUGUUCAUGCAAACAAGCUGACAUUUGUGUGAGAGAAAUAGCUCGGAAACUUGCAAAUCCUAAGCAGCCAACCAACCCUUUUCUAGAGAUGGUCAAAUUUCUGUUGGAAAGAAUUGCUCCUGUGCAUAUUGAUUCAGAAGCCAUAAGUGCACUAGUAAAAUUGAUGAAUAAAUCAAUAGAAGGGACAGCAGAUGAUGAAGAGGAGGGUGUAAGUCCAGAUUCAGCCAUUCGCUCAGGACUUGAACUUCUUAAGGUUCUGUCUUUCACACAUCCUACCUCGUUCCACUCUGCAGAGACGUAUGAGUCCUUGUUACAGUGCCUAAGAAUGGAAGAUGACAAGGUAGCAGAAGCUGCAAUACAAAUUUUUAGGAACACAGGCCACAAAAUAGAAACAGACCUUCCCCAGAUACGAUCAACAUUAAUUCCCAUUUUACAUCAGAAAGCAAAGAGGGGUACUCCACACCAAGCUAAACAGGCUGUGCAUUGUAUCCAUGCCAUCUUCUCCAAUAAGGAAGUCCAGCUUGCACAGAUAUUUGAGCCACUCAGUAGGAGUCUGAAUGCUGACGUACCAGAACAACUUAUCACUCCAUUAGUUUCACUUGGCCAUAUUUCCAUGUUAGCACCAGAUCAGUUUGCUUCACCAAUGAAAUCUGUAGUGGCAAACUUUAUUGUUAAAGAUCUUCUGAUGAAUGACAGGUCAACAGGUGAGAAGAAUGGAAAAUUGUGGUCUCCAGAUGAGGAAGUUUCUCCUGAAGUACUAGCAAAGGUACAGGCAAUUAAACUUCUGGUAAGGUGGCUGUUGGGUAUGAAAAACAACCAGUCUAAGUCUGCCAAUUCAACUCUUCGGUUAUUAUCAGCGAUGUUGGUCAGUGAGGGUGACCUGACAGAGCAGAAGAGGAUCAGUAAAUCAGAUAUGUCUCGCUUGCGGCUAGCUGCUGGAAGCGCCAUAAUGAAGCUUGCUCAGGAACCCUGUUACCAUGAAAUUAUUACCCCAGAACAGUUCCAGCUCUGUGCACUUGUUAUUAAUGAUGAGUGCUACCAAGUAAGGCAAAUAUUUGCCCAGAAGCUUCAUAAAGCACUUGUGAAGUUACUGCUCCCUUUGGAGUAUAUGGCGAUCUUUGCUUUGUGUGCCAAAGAUCCUGUGAAGGAAAGAAGAGCACACGCACGCCAGUGUUUACUAAAGAACAUCAGCAUACGCAGGGAGUACAUCAAACAGAACCCUAUGGCUACCGAGAAAUUGUUAUCACUACUGCCUGAGUAUGUGGUUCCAUACAUGAUUCACCUGCUAGCCCAUGAUCCUGAUUUUACAAGAUCACAAGAUGUUGAUCAACUUCGUGAUAUAAAAGAGUGCCUGUGGUUUAUGCUUGAAGUCUUGAUGACAAAGAAUGAGAACAAUAGUCAUGCCUUUAUGAAGAAGAUGGCAGAGAACAUUAAGCUGACCAGAGAUGCCCAGUCUCCAGAUGAGUCCAAGACGAAUGAGAAACUUUAUACAGUUUGUGAUGUGGCUCUGUGUGUUAUAAAUAGUAAAAGUGCUUUGUGCAAUGCAGACUCGCCAAAGGAUCCAGUCCUCCCAAUGAAGUUCUUUACACAACCUGAAAAGGACUUCUGCAAUGACAAAAGCUAUAUUUCAGAAGAGACAAGAGUGCUUCUGUUAACAGGAAAGCCAAAGCCUACUGGAGUGCUAGGUACAGUAAACAAGCCUUUAUCAGCAACAGGAAGAAAGCCUUAUGUUAGGAGCGCCGGCACAGAGACUGGAAGCAAUAUUAAUGCCAACUCAGAGCUGAGUCCUUCAGCCGGAAGUCGUUCAAGGGAACAGAGUUCAGAGGCAUCAGAAACUGGAGUUAGUGAGAAUGAAGAGAAUCCUGUGAGAAUCAUUUCUGUCACGCCUGUAAAGAAUAUUGAUACUGUAAAGAAUAAGGAAAUUAAUUCUGAUCAGCCUACCCAAGGCAACAUCAGCAGUGACCGAGGAAAGAAGAGGAUUGUAGCAGCAGCUGGUGCUGAGAAUAUCCAACAAAAACCAGAUGAGAUAGUAGAUGAGUCAGGACCUCCUGCGCCUUCCAAGCCUAGAAGAGGACGUCGCCCCAAAUCUGAAUCUCAGGGCAAUGCAACCAAAAAUGAUGAUCUAAAUAAACCCACUAGCAAGGGAAGGAAGAGAGCUGCAGGCAGCCAGGAGAGCCCUGGGGGUCUGGAAGCAGGUAAUGCCAAAGCGCCCAAGCUACAAGAUGGAGCCAAAAAGGCAACACCAGCAGAGAGACAAAUUGACUUACAAAGAAACAACGGACUGGCAAAGAUAACUCAACCUGUAAAAGCACUCGCCACCAAGUCAGACUCCAGGUCCCACAGAGUGGAAGCAGAACUGACUGGAACAUGAGGACCUGGCCCUGACACAUCCCACAGCAAAUGUAAAAAGAGAACUUAUACAGGGAGAAAAUGAAGGCCAAACAGAAGCAGAUUCCAGGUUCUGUAAAAACUUGGAUUCAAAUGUCCCCAAACAGAAAAUGAAGCUCACUUCAAAUACACACUCUCUGCCUUGAAAACUGAAAGAAGCUCGCCUUCCUUUCCACAGCCACGGCCCUCUGGCGGGAAUGCACAGCAGAGACUAGAGAGAGGCUGAGAGCGUCUCUGUUCUCCCCUCCCCAGACUUUUCCUGGGAAAAGUCAAUAAUUAAGCAAAUUGCUUAACUCUUGUUUCCAGUUCCUGUAUAUCUGGAGCUUAAAGGCAUAAUAACCAUUGUUCCCAUGCUGCAGUUCUCACUAGAGUGGAGAUGUCCUUACACUGACACCAAGAGCGGCCAUCCUCGCCCCAGGAGAGCGGGCGUCCUCUGAACUGAGUGCUUACAGGAGAUCAGAUGGCAUUUUCUUUGUGUUCCUUUUGGAAACUUUUGUAUUAUUCUUUCUGCCUGUCUACUUUUCUGCAAAAAUGAGAUGUACAGAUUUCUGUUCCCUGCUAUGAAAAGUAAUACGUGGCAAUUUUAUAAAUGUUGCUUUCUGGUUUUUAUCAGAAUGAGAAAAUAAUUAAAAUUAUUAUUGAUUUGCAAGUCGUAAACACUUCAUAUUAUGAUUUCUCCUGUUUUAGUUUAAUAUAAUUUGCUAUAAAUGUACAUAUUGUUUCAUAAGGAAUAUCACUUUUAAAUGGUUUUGCUCCUAUGAUUAUGUUGGAAUAUUUGGGAUUUUUAAAGGAGUAAAGACUGUCCUGGAUUUGGUUUUAUAAUUUUUGUCACCAGAUUUUUAUUAUUAAUGUAAAAAAGAGUUGUUUUUUUUCCCUUUUGUUUUGUCUUUGUUUUUUUCUUUGUGAUAGAAGUAGAUGGACGCUGGCAGCUUUGUAAGGAAACAGCUGUAGGACUGCUGGCAGCCGUCAGUUCCCGCUGUUAGGAAAUAAGCCUUUAUUUUUUUGUCUGAUAAUUGGGGCUCAGUUUUUAACUUUAAUUCACAGACAACUGUUACAUCAAUAUUCUGUUCCUUGGCAUUCAUUGUUCAGCAUAGAUAAUGUGUGCACCAUUUGUGUACACAUAAUCAUAUUUCAUUUUUGCAUAAAAUAAAUGCUUCUAGAUGUCCUGUGGAAGUCUUCAAUCUUUUUAUCAUGCUUUCAUCUCUAAAGUCAGAGAAGCAAAGGAAAUGAUCACAGUCAACUCUCAGUUAUCUGUGUAAAAGAGGGGUUGUUCUUCAAGUGAGCAGUUUUGUAGUCAUCAUAAACAUGAGAAUAGCAAAAGCAUCUGCAAGAGUGGUUGAGGAGAGACUUGAAAUGACCUUUUUCUCGCCCUCAGAGUUUUUGCCGGUCUCUACUGUCCCCACUUGGAUUGUGCCCAAAGCCCUAGCAGAAUGUGCUACUAUAUUUGCAUUAUGACUUGGUCUCAAUGGGAUUUAUAAAAUCAUUGAAGUGUCAAAAUUUCUCCAGAAUGAUAUUCAUAGAUGAUAUGUCACUUAGGUUCUCAUAGAUAAUUGAGAGUGGACUAUAAAUUGACUGGGUGAAAGUUGGGUUUUUUCUUUUAAGUGUUUUAGCUAUUUUACAUGUACAUGUUUGGUGUCAGAAGAUGGCUAGAGAACAGUGGAUACCAAUGACAACAACAUUUCUUGAAAGGGCAUAAAAGCCCUACUCUUCCUGCUGCCUCUCCAUAACCUUUUAGAAAGAACAAAACAUUGCCUCCAAUAUGCUGACAGAGUAUCUAUGCAUAUGGAUCAGUAAGGUCCCUCAAUCAAUCAGUGCUAUAUUCUAUUUAGAAGAAAUCUGAAGUUCAGACAACUUGAUUCUUAGGGCCACCGAUUAGUCACAAGGUGCAAGAAGGGAAGGUCCCUGGGUGUUAAAUAUUGUAACAGCACAGCAGAACUGUCCACAUUCGUUAUGUCUCUCUGGAGUUUUGCAGUGGGGCCAUUAUUUUCAGGGUCUGCUCCUCAUGGGUGUGUAAGCAUGAGGACUAGACCUCUGGCUCUAAGGGAGGGGAGAGAAAACUCUUCAAGGAUUAAUCAUGAGGGACUCAAUUACUGGAAUGUGUCAGGUUUUCUUUGAAAAAGAAAAUGUAAAAUCUCUUAGGAAUUUGGUAUUUACAUCUCAGAGAAAUACAACACAAAAGUGCAGACUUAUAUUUGAGAAUUACUGUUAACCCUUUGUGUCUAGUUUGAAGCUUCUUGUAUUUGUCUAAAACUACAAGCCAGACUUUUGUAUCCUUUGAUAAAAGUGUGUAUAAUGUAAAGUAGUUUUGCAUAUCCCUGUGCUGCACAUGGGCUGGGUUUUUAGAAUUUUUUUAAAGACUUUAAGCAGAACCUUGUAAUUUGUGUAAAUGACAAGUGUAAAAUCCUUCCAUAAAAUGCUUACAAAUAUGCACUGUUUCAAAUAAAACCAAGAAAUGCAGCAUUA